CGGAGCAAACGUUUGUAAUGUGAGUGAUAGUUAUUUUCAAAAGAUGUUUUAAACUGAUAUUUGGCCAAACUACUGGAGUGUCAGUGAAAUUAUCCCAAAAAAAAAAAAAAAAAAACCAUUAUCCUAAAUCAAAGGAAAAAAAAAAGUUGAAAGGGUAAUUGUGGAAGAAAAACACUGGUCAUACUUGUAAGUCUCACCACGGUCGAGACAGGUCCCAGACAGACAAGACAACAUCAGCUUCGUUUUUUUUGCAGUCUUUUUCUUCGAAUCCAUGCCCCAUCAAUGGAGGGAAUUCAAUUUACAAACUCCACAAUAGUCUCACCAAACUACUAAAAGUUAAAACCAAGAGACCUUCCAAUUUCUGGCGCCUUUUGCAGACCAAACCCCUGUUCAAACUUCUCUCCCAUCUCUCUCUCUACAACUACCCAUUUUUGAAGAGGAAUGCUCGGAAUGGAACAGAAGGAGAGUACUGUAUCUGGGUCAUCACUAGGUACAUCAGAGACUGAGUCACCACCGGUGGCGGCGAGUGGUGGUGUGCCACCGGUGAUGAACAUGAGCAUGGAGAGAAAUCUAGGAGCCCCAAUAGAAGGUGUUGGUGUUGGUGGUGGAAACAGUGUUGAUCUGUUGGGGAAAAAGAAGAGAGGGAGGCCAAGAAAGUAUGAUUCAGAUGGUAACUUGAGACUGUCAUAUGUAUCAUCACCACCACCAGGAUUUUCUCUGUCCCCUUCUUCUGAUUUUUCCUCCAAAAGAGGUUGUGGUCGCCCACCUGGUUCUGGUAACUGGCAGAUACUUGCUUCUUUAGGUGAGAUGUUUGCGCACACGGCUGGAGGUGACUUCACGCCACAUGUGGUUGCUGUGAAUACAGGGGAGGAUGUUACAGCAAAGAUCCUUUCAAUUUCUCAAAAGGGUCCUAGAGGAAUUUGUGUCCUUUCGGCCAAUGGAGCUGUUUCUAAUGUUACUAUUCGUCAACCGGGUUCUUCUGGUGGUAUCUUGACUUACGAGGGACGCUUUGAGAUAUUAUCUUUAACUGGGUCAUUUGCAAUUUCCGAAAAUGGCGAUGUGAGAAGUAGGACUGGUGGAUUAAGUGUCUCAUUAGCUGGCCCUGAUGGUCGUGUGAUUGGUGGUGGCAUUGCUGGUUUUUUAAUUGCUGCUAGUCCAAUUCAAAUGGUGGUGGGAAGCUUCAUGCCAAAUGGUUACAAGGCACAUAAAAGAAAGCACCAACAUGAUCCUGGAUUGGCUUCCGUUGUCCCAGGUGCUGUAAAAUUGGGAACAGCAGUUAGAUCACCAAUCUUACAAGCAGCAACCGGAGGCAAUAUCUCUCUGACUCCAAUAGCUCCAAUAUUUCAAUUACCCAUACAAAGCCCUGGACAAACAGAUAACAACAUAAGGGAUAGGCAGAACCUAAAUGUACCGUCUUCUGAUAGCUCUGACUGGGAUGGCUCAGAGCCCAUAUCGGAUCAGAGACCAACUCCUGAUAUCAAUAUGUGUGUGCCUGUUGAGCAUUGAAGGUAUAUUGUUGUUUUUGUUCCACCCCCACCCCCCUUUUGGUCCAUUUCUAAUUAUCCUUUCAAAUUUCGUCUAUAUGUAAUGCUUGUAAUUUGAAGAAUUAAUUUUAGGUCUCCUUUAGAGACUUAAAAAGACUGACAUAAUAGUUGAAGAGUCUAAUUUAACUUCCAUUGAUGUUGUAACAAUGUAUUAGGAAAUACUUUUGCACAAUUUCUGGCUGAGAUUGUUU